AUGAUUGCUUGUAGACUGACGAAGAACCCUCAAAAUGACCUACCUCGGCUUCUACGACCAUUCCCAGACAAAGUGUACAGUAUACUCCUCUGCCAGCUGGUGGUUACAAUAGCUUUCAUAUGCUUCUUCCUGUAUUGUGAGCCCGUUCAGCAAUAUGCAAAUAAUCAUGUAGGAUUGUUUUAUGGAGCAUUGGGGGUCACAUUUGUCACCAUGAUUGCCAUGGCUUGCUGUGAAAAUGUGAGACGGAAUUUCCCAACUAACCUGAUCUUUCUUUCACUUUUUACACUUUGUGAAGGAUAUCUUCUUGGUGCUGUUUCAAGUGUGUAUGAUAAAGAUGAAGUGCUGAUGGCUGUGGGAAUUACUGCUGUUGUUGUUCUGGCAAUUACUAUCUUUGCAUUUCAAACAAAGUAUGACUUCACCAUGAUGGGAGGUUUCUUGUUUGUGGCACUAAUUAUCCUCAUUUGCUUUGGCUUUUUGAUGAUUUUCUUUCACAGCAGGGUCCUGUCCAUUGUUUAUGCUUCACUUGGAGCUCUCAUAUUUGCUAUGUACUUAGUGUACGACACACAGAUCAUGAUGGGAGGCGGCAAAAUGUACUCCAUCUCUCCCGAAGAGUACAUCUUUGCUGCUUUGAACUUGUACCUGGAUAUCGUCAACUUGUUCUUGUACAUCCUACAGCUGAUCUCAGCUGCGAGAGAUUAA